AUGGGCAGCCCGUUUCCUUUUCUACAACCGACGGCGACGGCUCCAAAUAUGGCGGCUGCACCCUUCCUCACAGAGGAAGAGGAGUUGGAGGAAGAGUUGGAAGACCUGCCUGCAGCGGAGAAGGAGGUGGAUCCCCUUCGUGCUGCGAGGAUCCGGCGUGAGGUAAACGGCAGAACAUUCACAGGAUACGUAGAGGACGUUGAGCAAGGCAAGGUCACUCAUGAAAGACUGUAUCGGAUAAAAUAUGAGGAUGGCGACCUGGAACACCUGACAGCCGAGCAGGUGAGAGAAAUGAUGCUCGAAGAUGACGAAGAGGAUGCGAUGCGAUCCGGGAGCAGCCGUUUCGGGAUCCAUGAUGACUACAGUGACUACGGCAACUGGGGCUCCCUUUCACAUCCUGACCAAAGGCAGUUAGCGCUUCAUGGUGGUUACAGAGGCUACGACUGCGAUAGUUUCUAUGGCGGGCCGGAGCUUUCUGACGAGGAGUUGAGCAAGAUGGCCGUUAAUCAUGCAAGAGCUCUUCGACCCAAAAGUUCGACUGUUGCAGAGAUGCUUGUCGAGCUCUCGUUUGCCCGCUGGAUCUUCCUACGAAGCAACCGUCUGCCUUUGGAGGCGCAGCACUUCAUCCGCUCCUUCCUACCAAGCCCAGCAGCAGAGCUGGCUGGCCGGAAGAUCCUUGGCCUCCACGACGGGCAUGAGCUGGUCUUCGACUCCAUGGCGUGCUUGCCAGCCGGCAAGCUGAUGUGCCAAGUGGGCCGCGGUUGGUGUGUCGGACACACCAACAACAAAGUGUGGUCUUUAGCAGACUAUUGCAGGAGCCUAAGCUGCCCCGUAUCUGAAGAAGCGCCCGUGGCCCUUGCCACCCGCGGUUGGGAUGAGGACUUCUUCUGCCGGUGCGAUGAGCCUCUUCAUCCUCUACCGGCUGAGUUCGCUGUGCUGGUUCCGGGCGAUGCGUCGCCUGCAGGGUCCUUCUUCGACCUGAUGGAGUCAGCCGAGGGCUGGUUCGACGACAUAAAGGUGUACGAGGACAGCGGAGACAGUGAGCAGGAUCUGGAAGAAUGGCCGGCUCGCAGGCGGGGUAAGAUUCCUCGAGACCCUGAGCGCCAUCUUCGACAGGGAGGAGCAAAACGGGCUUGCCCACCGAGGCUGCCACUGGAUGUGGACCUGCAACACACAUUAAACCGUCAUUGUGGCGACGUCGUAGAGCACGGCAUCGAUGACGAGCCUUGGAGCCAAAGGGUUCGCCAUCUUCUUCGCCAGGGCGCAAACCCGAUGCUUGACAUUACAGAAGUCAGGUCACACAAGACGCUAUCACCGCUCGAGAAGGCCCUGCAUGCUUUUCUCAAGCUGGUUGUCCUCAGUGCACUUAAGUCAGAAACUCGAAAGCAUCACUGCAAGCUCACCUGGACGACCUUCGCGCCGGCCGACUUUGCCGGCACCAGGUACGCCGACAGCCUCGAAGGCGUCGAGGAGUACUUGGAAGAGUUCAUGGCUCAAAUGGCAGACCUCGAUGAAGUCCUCGGCCUGCUCUCGGCUGCUGUGAAGAUCUGGGAAACGGCUGCACCGGCGCCCUCCAUGUUUUGUUCCAGUGACUGCUUGUAUGGCCGUGGGGUCCUGCGUCCCAACCAUGCCUGCUUGCUUCAAGCUCUGGAUGCCGCUCCAGAUGCGGCCUUUUCAGAAGAUGAAGACUUGCUAGAUUUCGCAGAGAGGAUGUGGAGCUUGCAGCAGAGCUGGAAGGCAGCACCUCAACAACUUUGCUGCCGCGAAGCAGAGGAGGAAGCCAUGCAGCACGAGGAGCAGCGCCAGCAGAGGCGCGCGGAACUUGCCGCGCUGGCCGAUGCACAGCUGCGUCGGACCCCUGCAUGGCGCAAAGCCUUGGCCGGUGUGAGGGACAGGCGCCGCCGACCACCAUCGGACUUCCUGAGUGGAGCCAUGGAAACGCGCACCGACCACUUCCUAGGUGGUUUGGCCCAGGCUUGCCGAGACCUCCUCCAACUCCGCUCGAAGGUGUCUCGUGUGGAGGCCUUCACCCAGGUGGAACGGGCGGAGCUGGUGGCCGCCUGCUCGCAGCAGCUGGACCGGCUGACGCGGUCUCGCGAGGGCAAGACUGCGGCGCGUUUGCAUCGCGUCCGGGAGGUAGCUGAGGCACGCGAACGCCUGCGGACGGCUGCCUGUGAGGCGGGCUGUCGCGCGAAGCUGCAGGACGGCCUGGAAUUUGGAUCCCAUUGCGGGCGGAACACCAAGAUCUGUUUGGGAGUGGCUCUGGCAUUGCAGAGGUACUUGAGAAGGUGGUUUGCCGCAGGUUUGAGCUCGAGGGAUGUAGGAUUUUUAUGUGAAUCGUCAAGAAGCACAUGCUCAGCGGUGCUGGCAGGGUGCUGGGUUGUUCUACCUCAAAUCUCAUUGGGGGCCAUGAGGGUGCCCCCGCGUCGACCUAAGCCUUGUGUCUGGCCACGGUGGCCACGAAGCAUCCUUCGAAGGAUCCAGUCAGGCCGGAAGAAGAGGAACUAG